AUGGACGAGGAGGGGAACCCACUGGAGAGGGACCACUCCCUGCAUGUGGUUCUGCCCGGGGGACAGGAGAAGAAUGCCAUGGUGCAUGGAAGUAAACCGGUGAUGGACUUACUGGUGACCCUUUGUGCGAGUUACCACCUGAAUCCCACCGACUACACCGUUGAGGUCGUCUCCACCAACAAGAACAACAUCAGCUUCACACCCAACUCUCCCAUUGGCUCCCUGGAGGCGGAGAGGAUUGUGCUGAAGCCCAGAGGAACGGAGGGAAAGAUCAGGAAGCCGUACACGCCGGAGGCGACCGUCCGCCUGCUGAUCAACUACAACAGGGCCCACAAGGCGGUGGUGCGAGUGAAUCCCAGAGUUCCCCUGGAGCUGCUGCUGCCGCUGGUGUGCGACAAGUGCGAGUUUCAAGUGGACACGACCGUCCUCCUGAGAGACUCUCAGUCCACUGAGCCACUGGACCUGACCAAGAGCCUGGACGCACACGGCCUGAGGGAAGUGUUCGCUAAAGACUCGGCUGCGAAGGAGCCGGCCGACCGGCCCAAGACACCGGCAGCAGAGAUCAUCUCACCACCUUCACUACAAGAGCUGCCAAAGGAGGAGUCGAGACAGAAGGAGAACCCUGGAUUCCUCAGCUUGUUCAGAAGGAAGAAGAAAACCCCAGAGCUGGACGGAGCAGCGAGCGUCCCGGCCUCUCCUGCUGCCAACAAACCCAUGGCGCUCAGUAUGAAUGUGCAGGACGCCUCCUCCUCCAGCACUGCGGACACGCCCAAGAAGAGGCGGGCCCCCCAGCCGCCUAUGAGUGUGUCGCUGAGUGUCCCCAACAACCUGAGCACGUGUCACGUCCGGGCGCCGCAGAUGUCUGCAGACUCGACCCUAAGGAGAACCAAGAGGAGGGCCCCACCCCCGCCCUGUGCAAACUCCCACCAGGAGCAGCCGGCGGACACACAGCUCACAGGGCCUGUUGACCCUCCGAACACUCUGGAGGAGCUGAGAGAAAGCGACGAGUCCGACUCCUUAGACCUCUCACGUUCCUCGUCUCCGUCCCCAACUUCAUCUCGAACACUGCCCUCCUCAUCCUCCUCUCGACCGUCGUUUGAACGUUGUCUGCCUUCGUUUCGAGGGAAAGACUUUUCAGAAGCCCGCAGCGCUCUCGCCAAAGUCCUGUCAUCUUCUGUUUCCAAGGGAACGCUGGUCAAGCAUUGGAGGAAGUCUGCCUCCCUCCCGAAGAUACACCGUAGCUCCUCCUUUCUGACUCCGAGGUUUACAGAUAACGGCCAUUUCCGGUUCGAACUGGAGUCUGUUCUCAAGUCCAGGUUCCCCACUGAGCCCCAGUGGGAGGACCCUCUGCAGAGGAAGGGGAUGACCACUUUCAAAGUCAUUCCCCUGAACAAGCACAAGUCCCAUGAACCAGAGACGCCUCCGGAUGUUCCAGACCAGCACCAGGUAAUGGUAGAAAAUGACCCCGAGGGCCAAGCUCCUCCUGAGGCUGAGAAUUAUCAAUGUGAGCAUGAGGAUGAUUCAUAUUCUCCUCAAGGAUCAGACACUGGAACACCUUUGAAGAGGCAGGAGUUCUCUUUCCAAGAGGCGUCUGUCUCUCUAGAAUGUCCUCCACCUGCCCAGGAGCCAUCUGAGGCUCCAGACUCUCCUCCACCUGCCCAGGAGGCCUCUGAGGCUCCAGACUCUCCUCCACCUGACAAGGAGCCAUCUGAGGAUCCAGACUCACCUCCACCUGCUCAGGAGCCAUCUGAUGCUCCAGACUCUCCUCCACCUGCCCAGGAACCAUCUGAUGCUCCAGACUCUCCUCCACCUGCCCAGGAGCCAUCUGACGCUCCAGACUCUUCUUCACCUUCCCAGGAGCCAUCUGAGGCUCCAGACUCUCCUCCACCUGCCCAGGAACCAUCUGACACUCCAGACUCUCCUCCACCUUCCCAGGAGCCAUCUGAGGCUCCAGACACUCCUCCACCUGACAAGGAGCCAUCUGAGGCUCCAGACUCUCCUCCACCUGCCCAGGAACCAUCUGACACUCCAGACUCUCCUCCACCUGACCAGGAGCCAUCUGAGGCUCCAGACACUCCUCCACCUGACAAGGAGCCAUCUGAGGCUCCAGACUCUCCUCCACCUGACCAGGAGCCAUCUGACGCUCCAGACUCUCCUUCUCAAGAGGCGUCUGACGCUCCAGACUCUCCUCCACCUUCCCAGGAGUGGCCUGAGGCUCCAGACUGUCCUCCACCUGCCCUGGAGCCGCCUGGCGCUCCAGACUCUCCUUCCCAGGAGGUAUCAAAUGCUCCAGACUCUCCUCCACCUGCCCAGGAGGCAUCUGAUCCUCCAGACUCUCCUCCACCUGCCCAGGAGCCAUCUGAUGUUCCAGACUCACCUUCUAAAGAGGCGUCUGAGGCUCCAGAUUCUCCUCCACGUUCCCAGGAGUGGCCUGACGCUCCAGACUUUCCUUCCCAGGAUCCGGCUGGUGGUCCAGACUCUCCUCCACCCGACCAGGAAGCCUCUUAUGCUCCAGACACUCCUCCACCUGACCAGGAAGCCUCUAAUGCUCCGGACACUCCUCCACCCGACCAGGAGGCCUUGAAUGCUCCAUACUCGCCUCCACCUGACCAGGAGGUGUCUGACGCUCCAGACCCUCCUCCACCCGACCAGGAGGCCUCGAAUGCUCCAGACUCUCCUCCACCUGACCAGGAGGCCUCGAAUGCUCCAGACACUCCUCCACCCGACCAGGAGGCCUCUAAUGCUCCAGACACUCCUCCACCCGACCAGGAGGCCUCUGACGCUCCAGACUCUCCUCCACUUCCUCCAGAUUUAGAUGAUCAGAAACGUACAGUCUCACCUCUUUCUGAGGUUGAGGGCAACGAUGAAAGGUCGACCCAGGGAGAGGAGGAAGAACCUGAAGUUCUAUCCGAGGUGACUGCAGCUACAGAGUCAAACAAACUCGCCAGUGACUGUCAGAUAACCUCAGACUAUAAGAGCGUAGAUCUUCAGAAUCCUGGUGGAGGGUCUGUGAGUGUGGACGUGGACCAGUGGGUCUCAUGUACGGAGGAGACUGAAGAGGAGGACGUGUUUCCUCCUCCACCUCCACCCGUCUUCUUUAAUGAAGACUUAGAUGUCCCUGAAGAGGAGCGAGAAGACGCCAUCACUUCUUCUCCUUCGCAACCAUCAAGUCCUGCCUGCGACAGAGAGACCAACGCGUUCAGCCAGGUGAAGGCGUUGGGUGCACCAGAGCCUUCGGACAAGAUGAGCGCGGCUCCGUCCAGAUUUGCACAAGCGGUGGCGUUGGCCGUGCAGAGGUCUCACCUGCAGAGUCACAGGAAAGCUCUGGACUCUCAGGAUCCCAGUGGUCAGCACACAGUACAGUACCAGUACGGUAAGUCCUUCACCUACAAGUAA